CCGUUUUCUGUAUAGGAAUGGAAUAUGUGGCUUGUAACACUUCUUUCUAAUUUUUGUAUAAAAUUCAACCACACUUUCCGCUUUUCUUGAACUAUGUGAAGUCAAAGUGUAAACUUCAGUGUGCGUGUGUGUCUGCUUUUGUUUUUCAUAAGGCGGUUGAUCAUGGAAUAUCAGUUUGCCAAAAGUUGAAUUGAUUCUUCCUUCAUAGCAGUUAGUAAAAUUUAGCUGAGUAUCGUGGUUCAGGUAGCAAAUCUAUUUUUUUGGAUCUUCAAUGACAAUCUCGUUAAUGUCCUUGAUGGAAUAUUAUUCUCAACUCAAUUUGUUGCUAAGGGAGAAUACAAAUCAUUGGAAGAUCAAGAAUAUCAAUUCCAGUGAGCAGAGAAUUGGCGGUUUAUGUCCUCUUACGCCCAAGGAGGUUGGGAUAUUUCUUCAAGCUCUUGGUUAUCCUAUGUCAACAUUGAUUUAUAUCGCUGCUGGAGAAAUCUAUGGUGGUAACACACACCUUUUAGAGCUAACAUCCCGCUUUCCAAAUGUAGUUUCAAAGGAAAUGCUUGCAACCACAGAGGAACUGAGACAAUUUUCCAAACACGCAUCUCAAAGUGCAGCAAUUGACUAUAUUAUCUCUAUUGAGAGUGAUGUUUUCAUUCCAUCACAUUCUGGUAAUAUGGCAAGAACAGUGGAGGGGCAUCGCAGAUUCCUAGGCCACCGCAAGACAAUCACUCCUGAUAGGAAAGGCCUUGUGGAAAUAUUUGAUCAGCUGGAAGCUGGACGUCUUAAAGAAGGGCCGUUUUUAUCGCAUCUUGUGAUCACAUUGCACAAGAACAGACAAGGUGCUCCUAGAAAGAGAAGAGGUGCCCCUGAAGGUAUCAAAGGUCGAGCACGCUUCAGGUUCGAAGAACCUUUUUACCAGAACCCAUACCCUGAAUGCAUAUGUGCUCCCAACAUGACUCCAAGCUGAGGGAGGGAGGGAGGCCAUGGAUUCUCCCACUCUCUCUUCAACUUACCAGAAAUAAAUAAUUCAUUGUUUCUUAUAUUAAAAAAAAAAACCAAAACACAAAACCAUCUUAAUGUUGCUUCUCUGUAUAUCUCAGUUUCUGAAUAUUCUUCUCCCUUUACUAAAUUGUUACUUGCUUU